UGACUAUUUAAAGCGCUCGUUUGGAAGUAGUACCGAGCGUUUGUCGAUUAUCGUUGUCGCAGGCCUCGUGCUUUAUUCACUUCCGAAUUCCAAGCCGAUCUGCCGGGGGGACUCACCUGGCCCCAUCCAUUCGAAGGGAGCUUGGUUUGUUCUUCAUCCAACGUGAAUUGCGCUCAGUCCAGGAUUUCCACUUCAUCUUCUCCCUCAAUGCUCAACGGCGACAAUCCUCUCAUGGACGAUCGAGAUCAAGUGCCGAACGAUCUUCGAGAAGCAUUUGCCCUCUUUGACGUCAAUCGGGACGGGCGGAUAACGGCCUCUGAGUUGGAAUCUGUGCUGAAUUUCUUGGGUAUGCGGACCACACGAGCCGAGGUCAGUCAAAUGAUCAAGGAUGCGGACUGUGAUGGCAACGGAAGUGUCGAUUUCGAAGAAUUUCUCCGAAUGAUGCGUCGAUACUCUCAACGAGAACGAUCCAAAUCACCUGACGCCGAACUCCGCGAAGCAUUUAAUGUGUUCGACCACAAUCAAGAUUCCGUCAUCGAUUUCGAGGAGAUCAAGCGAACAAUGCACUUCCUUGGGGAAGCCGUCACUGAUGCCGAAGUACACGAAAUGAUUCGUGAAGCUGAUCGGGACAACGAUGGCAAGGUAGAUUUUGAAGAAUUCAAAUACUUGAUGCGACUAGUACGAUCCCGAGACGGGAAGUGCUAGAACCUAUGAUUCCACUCAGCCUACUCACCCGAAUUCGGUCCAAGAGGAUGGACAGGCAUGUAAAAUGUUACCGAUUGUAUUGGAACCCCGUACAAUUACUCCUUUUGCAGUGCAGUAUUGCUCACAUUCAGUCAGUUUUUGUCUUUCGCUCAACCCAGCCAACGUGAAUAGUACACUGCUCACAAUCAGAUCGGUUUCUGCAAGUAUCUUCGCGCAAUUGAAAACAACUCACUCUAAUCAGCGCCCGUCAGUCUUCAUUCUCUCUCCAUCACCUAACCAAGUUCAGUCUAUUGUGAUUGAUUCACUUGUGUGCUGUGACCUCGUUUCCUCCUUCUUCUGAGUUCUCCACACACUAUAUCCAUUCAUCCUUCCACAUUCUUCAUUCAUUCUUCUACGUGCACCGACUCCUUGGAGCAGGCGGUUUUUCACCUCUGUCAGCUGCUGGUGAAAUGAUGAUGGACUGCAUAUAUAGAUAUGCAUGUCUCCUAUGCACAUAGACGCACACACACACACACUCUCCUCACUUUGCCUGCUCAACGAUUUCUCACAGAAUAAGAGUACCGAAGUGAACAGCGACAUUCCUCAAUGCGGCAGCUAUCUCAUUGUCCACCAUGCUCUUUCAGCGGGUGCAAACAAACCAACACAAACAGGUCGUUGCUUCAGGCACAUGCAUACACAUCUCCUGUGAGCGAUGAUCGCAUCACCGAUUAGUUUUCGUCUGAUAUCCCUAGAAUCUUAUCCACUCUUUGUUCCUCGUUUUUUUCCAAUCUUACUUCUCUGACGACGCAUCCACCUUCAUUCGAGUUCAACCAAUCCACAAUCACCAGUGCGUGCCUUUGACUUUUUUUUGUGUACUUACUAUAACACGAUUGAUCAAUAAAGUUCUUUUCCAAACAGGAGGUAGUUAGCUCACCAUCACAAGAUGAUAUUCUUGUUCUUCUGAAUCCUUUAAUUCUGUCUUCUCUGCUCCCAACCCCCGUUCCCUCUCUGCACCAUGUGCCUCUGUGUCCUCUGAUGAUCUAUUCUUUUACACACACUCACAAUCUAUCCGUCAUUUAGACUUCGUAAUCAAGAGCAUAUGUGCAUCUAUCAAAUUUCCGUCUUUGUAGUUGUGUUUUCCAGCAGCCCAAUAAGAUAUUCCUCCAACCCCCCUCGUUGAAAACAGGUCAGCGGUCAGUGCUGCCGUAUCUGCAAUUUUCCAUUGUUGCUAUCCCGACCGGGUACGCACAAACGAUAACACUCAGCCAGAUCCGAACAGAUCCCCGAUCACAUCAUUCACUAUUUGUCCAAUUUUGAAUACAAAGUUG